AUGUCAACGGAACGUCGCAUCAAGUGGUUAAAAACAAGGAUCAAAAGCCUUUUUGCAUCGUUCAACAUCAUCAAAGCUUUCGUUAGCGACUACAAAGACGAAAGGGAUGCUCUGGAGGUUCCUGUACGGCUAGAGAACCUCAAUAAGUUGUGGGCAGAUAUCCAGAAAACUCAAGCCGAAUUGGAAACUCUCGAUGACACCUCACUAGACGAGCAGAUCAAAGAACGGACCGACUUUGAAACCGCCUACUACCGGGUGAAGGGUGUUCUGCUGGCCGUGAAUAAAACUCCUGUAUCUCCGCUGCACCAUGCGUCUUCUCCUUCAAGCUCGCAAACCCUUAUCCCUUCGUCGCAUGUACGCUUACCCGACGUCAAACUUCCUGUGUUCAGUGGUAACAUCGACACCUGGCUCAAUUUCCACGAUCUUUUCGUCUCGCUGGUCCACACUUCUGUCGAGUUGUCGAACAUCCAGAAAUUUUAUUACCUUCGGGCUUCUCUAGCUGGUGAUGCUCUGAAACUGGUCCAAUCGAUUACCAUUAGUGCGAAUAACUAUCUCGUGGCUUGGACUUUGCUGGUGGAGCACUACCAAAACCCAGCACGCUUAAAACAGACUUAUCUCGAUGCGCUUUUUGAGUUCGUCGCUCUGAAACGUGAAUCUGCCGCCGACCUUCAUUCGCUGGUGGAGAACUUCGAGGCCAACGUCAAGGUGCUGAGACAACUCGGAGAGAAAACCGAGUAUUGGGACAUAAUUCUCAUUCGCAUGCUAAGUGUCCGUCUAGAUCCCACUACAAGAAGAGACUGGGAGGAAUGGUCUUCUACUCAACAAGUCGUGACUUUCAAUGAUUUGACGUCAUUCAUCCAGCGGAGAGUAACAGUUCUGCAGACUAUCCAAGGAAAAGCCGUCGAUACUUCAACGUACACUCAACAGCCAAAACGAUCGGUACAGCGUACAGUAUCAAGCCAUGGAGCGAGUCAAAGUCAAUCUGGUCGAAAAUGCGUCGUUUGUUCAGAUCACCAUCCACUCUAUAUGUGCCAGCCAUUUUCAAAACUUGAUCUUGAAGCGAAGGAAAGGGAAGUCCGUCGUCAUCAGCUCUGUCGCAACUGUUUGAGAAAGGGACAUCAGGCUCGAGACUGCCCUUCGUCAAGCUCCUGUCGGAAGUGUCGAAGUCGUCAUCACACCCAGCUCUGCCCGGGGGAAAAUUCUGUCGCUUCGAACUCAAGGACAAACGAAUCUUCCAAAAUGUCAUCCCAAAAUCAACCAGUUUUCCGUGAUCCUCCGAAGACAUCAGCUCCAGCCACCGUCUACGAACCGUCGAGUCAUUCCAGCAUCAAGCCCUCUCAAAGAAGCGUCCUUUUAGCCACAGCGAUCGUAAAGCUUGUUGAUGACCACGGAAUUGAACAUGUAGCAAGAGCUCUACUGGAUUCCGGCAGUGAGUGUUGUUUUAUCACCGAGUCAUUCUCCCAAUCGAUUAAAGCGCAACGCACCAAAAUCUCAGUUCCGGUCUCGGGGAUUGGACAAGCAUCGACAUACGCACGGUACAAAAUCAACGCUUCAUUAUGCUCAAGGGUGUGUGAGUUUUCAACAUCAGUGGAGUUCUUAGUCCUUCCAAAGGUUACAAUUGAUUUACCGUCAGCUUCUUUUGAUGCUUCCUCGUGGAACAUUCCUCCUGGUGUACAGUUAGCGGAUCCGGGUUUCUACAAAGCAAACACAGUGGAUAUCAUCGUUGGAGCGGAGGUUUUCUUUGAACUUUUCAAUGUUCCUGGCCGCAUUCAGCUUGGUGAUUCUCUUCCAACCUUAAUCAACUCCGUUCUCGGUUGGGUAGUAUCUGGCAGGACUCCACAUAGAACUUCAUCAUCUCCAAUCAUAGCCAACACAGCUGCUGUUUCUGACCUUCAGCAGUUAGUCGAGAAUUUCUGGGCAAUGGAAGAGGAUAAUACGGCUCCACAUUACUCUGUAGAAGAAGCAGCCUGUGAAGAACAUUUUCGGAGUACUGUGAAAAGAAAUUCGGAAGGAAGAUAUAUUGUGCGCUUACCUGUCAAGGAAAAUGUCAUCAAACAGCUCGGCGACAACCGUCGUACUGCCGUUCGUCGUUUUCGUAUGUUAGAGGCUCGCCUUCAUCGUUCUCCGGAUCUUGCCUCGCAAUAUUCCGCCUUUUUGGAUGAGUAUCUUGCAUUGGGUCACAUGAAGCAAGUAUUUGACUAUCAAUCUCCUCCUUCAAUUUGCUACCAUAUGCCGCACCAAGCCGUUGUUCGAGAUGAUAGUACCACCACGAAACUGCGAGUCGUGUUUGAUGCUUCGUGCAAGUCUCCAGAGGGACCGUCACUCAACGAUGCUCUUAUGGUAGGUCCUACCAUUCAGCAGGAUAUACGGUCCAUUAUUAUGCGCUCCAGGAUCCGUCACGUAAUGCUCAUCGCAGAUUGCAAGCAAAUGUAUCGCCAGAUUCUUGUCGAUGAACGUGACACUCCGUUACAGCGAAUUGUUUGGAGGACAUCUGUAGACGAACCGCUCCACACGUAUGAGCUACUAACGGUUACCUAUGGGACUGCAAGUGCACCAUAUCUGGCCACAAGAGUACUUCUCCAGCUUGCAGAAGACGAAAAGGAUCAGUUCCCGCUUGCAGCUGAGGUUUUGCGCAAGGAUGUGUACGUAGACGACCUUUUUUCUGGAGCAGAUAACGUCGAAAAAGCUACCGCAUUACAACAACAGCUAAAUGCACUUCUCUCCAAGGCUGGUUUCCAUCUUCACAAAUGGGCAUGCAACGAAGAAGCUGUUUUAGAAAACUUACUACCCGAAAAUCGAGCGCUACAGGUAUCGUUCGAAUUCGAUCGCUGUCAGAGCGUAAAAUCUCUUGGCUUGUACUGGGAGCCAGCCUCCGAUCUGUUAAAAUACCGAAUUCAGCUACCUGCCGACUUUUCUCCAACUUGCCUAACGAAACGUAUCGCCCUAUCGCAGAUUGCGCGCCUUUUCGAUCCACUUGGUUUGCUGGGCCCAGUCGUCAUUACCGCUAAAAUCUUCAUGCAGACUCUAUGGACGUUAAAAAACGACAACGGGAAGAUCUGCACCUGGGACGAAGAACUUCCAACAUUUGUGAAGGACCGAUGGUAUACCUACAUGAGGGAGUUACCUCUUCUGAAUAAUCUCCGUAUUGAACGUUGUCUUCUCUCGCCACAUCCUGCGUACAUUCAGUACCAUUUCUUUUCGGACGCUUCGCAGCAGGCGUACGGAGUGUGUUGUUACAUUCGGUCAGUUGACACCAGCGGAGAAUUUAGGGUGGAACUGCUAACUGCGAAGUCCAGAGUUGCACCCCUCAAGCAACAGAGCAUUCCUCGACUGGAGCUUUGUGGAGCACAUCUGUCAGCUGAACUCUACCGGAAAGUUUCUCAGUCGCUAGAACUGUCAGGUCCAACGUUUUUCUGGGUAGAUUCGACAACCGUACUUAGUUGGUUAAAGGCUACACCAUCAACUUGGACAACAUUUGUUGCCAAUCGUGUAUCAAAAAUUCAGCAUUUAACGCAAAAUUGUUCAUGGAAUCACAUUUCGGGGCAAGAGAAUCCAGCUGAUCUUCUGUCACGCGGAAUAACAACGGAGAGCAUAAUUGGAAAUCGACUAUGGUGGCAUGGACCAAAGUGGCUACAACUAGCACAAACAUCAUGGCCAAUCAAAGAAAUCGAAUUCGAGUCCGACACCGAUGUACUCGCCGAAAGAGGAAAACCCAGAACAGUAUUCACAGCGUCUACUGAACCAACAUUCAUCGACCUAUUCGCGACAAGAUUCUCAAACUACGAUCGAAUGCUAAGGGUAACUGCCUACUGCCUUAGAUUUGUCCAACAUGUUCGCCGAAACUCACCAACCAAGCCUACUGCUGUUUACGUCACGGUGAAGGAGAAAUUAGAGGCGGAAGCAACGUUGAUUCGCCUGGUCCAACAACAAAAUUUUGCAGAAGAGUGGAAGCAGCUCAAAAGGUCAAACCACGUCGCACCGAAAUCUCGCCUCCGCUGGUUUCACCCAUUUAUCUCGAAGGAUGAGUUAAUACGAAUAGGAGGUCGCCUCAAAAAUGCAUCGCAGUCGUAUGACAGCAAGCAUCAAAUUAUACUUCCUGCUUCACAUCCUCUCUCCAAGCUACUAGUACGCUCACAACACGAGAUUCAUCUACAUGCGGCACCACAAUUACUGCUGACUAUUCUACGAUUGAGGUACUGGAUCAUAGGGGCCAGAAAUCUCGCCAAAUUCACCUUUAGAAAUUGUGUCACAUGCGUAAAGGCUCGACCGCAGCUGCUGGAGCAAUUCAUGGCGGAGCUCCCUGCUUCGCGCGUGACAGCCACUCGUCCUUUCUCCGUUAGUGGAGUUGAUUACUGGGGUCCGAUAUUUUUACAACGAAUCCAUCGCCGAGCUGCACCACGCAAAGCAUACAUAGCAGUGUUUGUGUGUUUCUCCACUCGUGCUGUACACCUCGAAUUAGUCGCUGAUUUGAGUACGGCAAAAUUUCUUCAAGCACUGCGUCGUUUUGUUUCUCGUCGGGGCCUGUGCAGCGAUAUCUACAGCGAUAAUGGUCGCAACUUCGUCGGAGCUGCCAACGAGCUAAAACAACUAGUUUGCAGUAAGGAACACCAUCAAAAAGUCGCUCAAGAAUGCACCAACCAUGGCAUCCGUUGGCAUUUCAACCCACCAAGAGCAUCUCACUUCGGUGGACUCUGGGAAGCUGCAAUCCGUUCUGCCCAGAAGCAUUUUGUUCGAGUACUUGGCACACAUACUCUGGCGCAGGAUGACAUGGAAACGUUAUUAGCCCAAAUUGAAUGCUGCUUAAAUUCGCGACCUGUAGUUGCACUCAACGAUGAACCGACUGAUUUCCAACCGCUAACACCAGGACACUUUCUUGUUGGGUCCGCAAUGAAGGCUAUUCCAGACACUGACAUCUCUACAAUUCCUUUCAACCGACUGCGACAAUGGGAACACGUACAGAAGAUUUUCCAACUCAUUUGGAAACGGUGGCAAUCGGAAUAUUUAACAACGCUUCAAUCUCGUACUAAGUGGUGCAACCCACCGGUUGCCAUUCAACCAAAUCAACUGGUGCUCGUCAAGGACGAAAAUAAUCCUCCUAUGUCCUGGCCAACGGCUAGAAUCGUGGAUAUUCAUUCAGGUUCCGAUGGUAUUGUCCGAGUAGUAACCGUACGAACUCCAAACGGUCGCUUCACUCGUCCUUUGCCUGUUGCCGAUUCCGCCAACGCAAGAAGAACCAAACAAGCAAACAGAAUCGCCAUCUCACACACAAUAAACUCGCCGUCCGCAUCUGCAUCGGAAAACACACGUUCCAGCGUGAAAAUAUCCAACUUCGUUUGCAUCCAAUAUUUCCUCCGUUCUACAAAUGGUCCUGGGAAAAUCUUCCUUGAUGCCGAUGGUUCCUGUUCUGGAUCACCUAAAAGAAAUACAAUGCCCUUUAUAUUAAGGGACAAGCUCUACUUGGAAGCCCGUUUAUUCUUAAAUAAGAUCGCCCGGAUUCGCGAGGGCUUGUCUCUUCCUUGCGAGAUCGCAUUCACCCGUCGCAGGGAUGAUGAUCGUGUGUCUCCUGCUAUUGAUACCGAUGCCAGUGGCCAGUCAGUGGGCCAUCACACCGUUGUCGUCCGCUUCUCGUCUUCGCCAUCGGCAUCGCGGAUCACCUUAAUUAUCGCUGCUGCUGUCCGUCUACUAGCGCGAAUCGCCUAG